AUGAUCGGGCUUCGUGUCAUCAGCCAUAGGCCUGCUAGGCUGAUCACGCCUAGGGCGUCGUUCAGCACAUCUGCGUGCCGCUUUGAACAGAUCAAAAAGCCAAGCCUUAAGAAAAGAACAGACUCAUCAGUAGAAUUCAAACGCUCGCAUGGGCCCACCAAACCGGCCCCCAAUCCAAAGCUUGACAUAUCGGCAGAAAUAUACACUAUUCCAAAUAUGCUCACGAUCUCGAGAAUCGCGACGACGCCUUUCAUCGGAUACUUCUUGGCCACGGGCCAGUCCUUCCCUGCGAUAGCUAUCUUCACCUACUCAUGUGUGACAGACUUUGCAGACGGGUUCAUUGCGAGAAAGUAUAACAUGAAAUCGGUUUUGGGCUCCGUUCUAGAUCCUGCGGCAGACAAGUUCUUGAUGACCACUUGCACCGUGGCGUUGGCCAUUCCCGGCGUGAUGCCUUUGUAUGCCGCGACUGCCAUUGUCGGCCGAGACGUCAUUCUAAGUUUUGUGAGCUUCUACAUUCGAUACCGGUCUUUGCCCCCACCGGUCACUUUGAGGCGGUUCCUAGAUUUGUCAAUAAGCACGCACACGGUGCAUCCCAAUUUCCUCGGAAAAGCGAACACGGCUCUUCAAAUGCUUUAUAUUGGGGGAUUGGUGCUCAAGCCCGCCAUUGAGUCUUUGUGCCUCCUUGAUUUGUCUGGAUCGUUUGACUGGUUUGGGAUGGCGGUGGCGGCUUCCACUGUGUGCAGUGGUUUGAGCUACGUCGUGGGCAAGAACUCAUUCAAAUCAAUUGGGAAGUCAGGCGCUCAUUAA